AUGCAGGCUGCUGUUACCCCAAAGCUGUGUGGUGCAGCGGACGCCAUUCGUCUUCAGCUAUACUAUCGGGAUCACGAAGCUAUCUUGGUCAGGUCAGCUGCAUCCUCUCCUCCCACUCUCCUUCCUGGCUCAUCAGCUGCAUCCUCUCCUCCCACUCUCCUUCCUGGCUCAUCAGCUGCAUCCUCUCCUCCCACUCUCCUUCCUGGCUCAGUCAGCUGCAUCCUCUCCUCCCACUCUCCUUCCUGGCUCAUCAGCUGCAUCCUCUCCUUCCUGGCUCAGUCAGCUGCAUCCUCUCCUUCCUGGCUCAGUCAGCUGCAUCCUCUCCUCCCACUCUCCUUCCUGGCUCAGUCAGCUGCAUCCUCUCCUCCCACUCUCCUUCCUGGCUCAGUCAGCUGCAUCCUCUCCUCCCACUCUCCUUCCUGGCUCAGUCAGCUGCAUCCUCUCCUCCCACUCUCCUUCCUGGCUCAGUCAGCUGCAUCCUCUCCUUCCUGGCUCAGUCAGCUGCAUCCUCUCCUUCCUGGCUCAGUCAGCUGCAUCCUCUCCUUCCUGGCUCAGUCAGCUGCAUCCUCUCCUUCCUGGCUCAGUCAGCUGCAUCCUCUCCUCCCACUCUCCUUCCUGGCUCAGUCAGCUGCAUCCUCUCCUCCCACUCUCCUUCCUGGCUCAGUCAGCUGCAUCCUCUCCUUCCUGGCUCAGUCAGCUGCAUCCUCUCCUCCCACUCUCCUUCCUGGCUCAGUCAGCUGCAUCCUCUCCUCCCACUCUCCUUCCUGGCUCAGUCAGCUGCAUCCUCUCCUUCCUGGCUCAGUCAGCUGCAUCCUCUCCUUCCUGGCUCAGUCAGCUGCAUCCUCUCCUUCCUGGCUCAGUCAGCUGCAUCCUCUCCUUCCUGGCUCAGUCAGCUGCAUCCUCUCCUCCCACUCUCCUUCCUGGCUCAGUCAGCUGCAUCCUCUCCUCCCACUCUCCUUCCUGGCUCAGUCAGCUGCAUCCUCUCCUUCCUGGCUCAGUCAGCUGCAUCCUCUCCUCCCACUCUCCUUCCUGGCUCAGUCAGCUGCAUCCUCUCCUCCCACUCUCCUUCCUGGCUCAUCAGCUGCAUCCUCUCCUCCCACUCUCCUUCCUGGCUCAGUCAGCUGCAUCCUCUCCUCCCACUCUCCUUCCUGGCUCAGUCAGCUGCAUCCUCUCCUCCCACUCUCCUUCCUGGCUCAUCACUGGUAA